AUGAAUGAAGAUGAGAGGAACAAGAAUAGGAUGAGCAAUAAGGUUGUUAACUAUGUUGGCUUUAUAGAUGCACCGUUGAAUGCUAAGGAUUUGUAUCCUUAUAAUUCAAAGGUUGGAGGUUCACCUGUUUGGAUGGCACAACCUCCUGCAAAGUACUCGCAUAUCAAGUGUACAGAAUGCUCAGGAGACAUGGCAUUCUUAAUGCAACUAUACGCACCACUGGAUCAUCUGCCACAGUUUGAGAGGAGCUACUACCUCUUUGUUUGUCACAAGUGCAAUGCUACAAGACAGGGUUGGAAACUGAUCAAGUCAAUGGAGAGACCAAGACAAGGGUAUAAUGAAUACGAAGAAGAGGAAGAGGAAUAUGAUGAGGAUGAAGAAGAAGAGGAAGAAGUCCAGGAGAAAGUUGUACAGAAUGACACAAAGAAUGAGAAUGGCGAUGAUGAUGAUGACUGGGGAGUAGAAGAUGGAGAUGACUGGGGAUUAUCAGGAAAGACAGACAACAAUAAUAACAACAACAACAUAGAUGAACUGUUAAUGAAGAGAGAUAAGAUGCUGAAAGAAGAACAGGCAAAGAAGAAAGAGCAGAAGAAUAACAAACAAUCAACAUCAACAUCAUCGACCUCGACCACCAACACAUCAUCAACAGAGACUUCACCAUUAGAAGGAUUCGUUACACCUUCAGACCCAAGUAAUCAAUACAAGGAAUGUUAUGUAACGAUUGAGGAAGAGGUGAUCAAACAACAAAAGAUGCAUGGAGGUGGAAAGGGAGGUAAACAUGGAUAUGUGGACGACCAUAGUGAAAUGGAGGAAUGGUCUGGAGAGUCAUACGAGUAUGUGAAGGAUCGCGCAUUUAGCAAGUUCAUCAAGAGGAUCAAUCACUAUCCAGAACAAGUGAUACGUUAUGGAUUUGGUGGCGAGCCACUCUGCAUGUCACAGGCUGGCAACCAAAUGUUUGACGUCAAGACGGCAUACGCCUGCAAGCGAUGUGGAAAGAACAAGGUGUUUGAGUUCCAGGUCGUAUCGACGAUCAUCACACAGAUCAGCCACAACAAGGAUGUGUCAUCACUGGACUUCUCCAACCUGUUCGCGCUGACCUGUCCCAAUCACUGCUACGAUGUUGGCAGCGAUGUCCACAACGACGUCAUCUACGUCGAAGAGUUGUUGCUUGUUGAGAAAUCCAUUUAA